GAGAGAGAGAGAGAGAGAGAGAGAGAGAGAGAGUAAGUACAAGCGCGUGCUCUCGCGCUAUAAAUAUUUUCCGUGUUCGUGCUGAGACCAGACGCUCCGCCGUUAACGCGAUCAUUCAGAGACUCAGUUGGACAGAUGGACAGUAAGGAUCCAGACGAGAGCUCGGAGGAGGACCUGGACAGCGUGAAGGCGCUCACCGAGAAGCUGAAGCUGCAGACACGCAGACCCUCUUACCUGGAGUGGCAGGAGCGCGUGCGCAGCGGAUCGUGGAACGGCUGCCGAGGCGCGCGCGAAGCGGCCGUAAACGCAGAGCGCGAGGACCGCGAAGGGCCGCGAGACAUCUGUGGGUUCCGGUCCAUGGACGAUGCGCUGCAGUGGCUGCGAAAUGAACUGAGGGAGAUGCAGCUGCAGGACCAGCGGUUGGCGCGUCAGCUGAUCCGUCUGCGUUGCGAGCUGCACCGGUUGAAGGUGGAGCGUGUGUGUGAUGGACAUCGGGAGAUGCUGGACGAUGCUGCGCUGGAGCUGGAGGAGUGCGGUGAGGAGUGUGAUCUGCUGUGUGACGUGCCUCUCAAGGCUGCCUUCACCCUGUCCACACCACUCAAACACCUGGGCCUCACCAAGAUGAACCUCAACGCCCGACGUUUCUCCCUCUGCUGACCACCUCCAGAUUCGCGGAGACUGAAAGAUCUCACAAGCUACAGUAUAGACACACUAUGCAACAGGCUCCUGGAGUCUUUUGUUCACAGAGCCUGAAAAUCUGUAGCUUUAAUGACAUCGGUGUCCUUCUAAACACUGUUUGAGAUGGGAUCUGCAGCUUACCAAAGAUUUUUAGCUCUUGGAGAUCAGGAGCCUGUGGUUUUGCUAAUUUUUAAAGCUUAGCACAACCUCAAGAUUCUCUCUGCUGGAGAAUGUGACGCCUUUAAAACACCAAGACCUUAAAAUGUAGAUAUAUUACUGUACAUCCAAUAGGAUAGAGGAUAAAGUUAAAUUCGCGCACUACCAGGUUGCUAACUCCUGGUCUCUGCUUAGGCUGACCCUGACCUUUGACCUUAAGCUUCCUUUCAAGUUGUGGUGUGACAAAAGCACCGUUGUUGAUGCCACACUGACAUGAAAGCAAAUGAAGAUCAUUUAAUACAAUUCUAACAAAAAGAAGAACCUGUUCCCAAAGAAAUAAGCCAUAAUGUCUACCAAAGGUGAACCAACCUUCAGAUUCCAAUGAUCGUCAUGGGACAUUAACAUGUGCCAUAAUGUCAUGAGUGUAAACACUUAACACUACUGCAUGUGGUAAGGGAUGUGGCAGCUCAGUGGUUAAGGUGUUGGGCUACUGAUCAGAAGGUCAUGGGUUCGAACCCCAGGUCCACCAAGCUGCCACUGCUGGGCCCCUGAGCAAGGCCCUUAACCCUCAGUUGCUCAGUUGUAAGUCACUCUGAAUAAGGCUGUCUGCUAAAUGCCAUAAAUGUAAAUGUUAACAUUAAGAAUGUCAGUAGAACUGAUAAGGAACAUCAGAUAAAUGGAUAAGGUUUGUGUUCAGCUCAGGACCUUAAGAUUCAAUUGUAUGCACUUGAGUAUUUUCUCUAAUGAACAUUUUUGAAAAAGUUAGAUUAUUACUUACAUUACACAGACUACGUUCAGUCCAUUUUGAACCGAAACAGUUCAUUAGUUUUUCAACUGGCAUCGACUCCUUGUUACAGAAAUAAAAAAAGGAAAUUUUA